AUGAUUGCACCCUGGUGUGCUUGUUCUGGGCCGAAGCUCCACUCGGCCGGCCCCGCACGGCUCCGGGUAGCCAUGGAGGACGUCACGCUCCACAUCGUCGAGCGGCCGCUUCCCGGUUACAGUCCAACAACUGGCCUCUUAGAAAACUCCUUCUUCACCCCCAGCAGCCUCUUUCCCCCACCAUUCCAGCCCCCCAAUAGCCACAGUCAUCCCACGAUUGUGCCCAAGAAGAAGCUGAAUGCACCCUCUGACUCAGCCACACCCAAGAUCGUGCCUUUUGACCUUCUGCCUGAGACUGAGCCCAUUGACCUGAAGCCUGAGACAGUGCCUGAGCUCCCAACCUUUGAGCAGACGCCUAGGACACUGCCCUAUUACCCAGAGCCUCGGCCCCUGCCCACCCCAGAGGCGCCGACAGAUGAAGUGAAGCUGCCGGCCAAACUGAGCAUCAGCAAGUCGCUGAAGGAGUCGGAGACGCUGCCCGAGAAGGAGGGCGACGAGCUGGGCGAGGGCGAGCGGCCCGAGGAGGACGCGGCGGCGGAGCUGUCGUCCGACGAGGCGGUGGAGGUGGAGGAGGUGGUGGAGGAGUCGCGCGCCGAGCGCAUGGAGCGCAUCAAGCGCAGCGGCCUGCGGCGCGUGGACGACCUCAAGAAGGCCUUCUCCAAGGAGAAGAUGGAGAAGACCAGGGUGCGCACGCGCGAGAACCUGGAGAAGACCCGCCUCAGGACCAAGGAGAACCUGGAGAAGACGCGGCACACGCUGGAGAAGCGCAUGAACAAGCUGGGCACGCGCCUGGUGCCCGCCGAGCGGAGCGAGAAGCUCAAGACGUCGCGCGACAAGCUGCGCAAGUCCUUCACGCCCGACCACGUGGUGUACGCGCGCUCGCAGACGGCCGUGUACAAGGUGCCGCCCUUCACCUUCCACGUCAAGAAGAUCCGCGAGGGCGCGGUCGAGGUGCUCCAGGCCACCGAGCUGGUGGAGGUGGGCGCCGACGACGAGGGCGGCGCGGGGCGGGGUGAGGCGGCCGACCUGCUGCGCGGGAGCAGCCCCGACGUGCACACGCUGCUGGAGAUCACCGAGGAGUCGGACGCCGUGCUGGUGGACAAGAGCGACAGCGACUGAGCGGGACGCGGGCUCGGCCCUCCCCGCCACCCCCCGCACCCGCUCCUUUCCCUCGCCGAACUUUCUCUUCCGCAUUCUCUCUCAGCCCCGAACCGGCUGAGACUUUUCUAAAUUAGAAACACCUCCCCUUGAGCAGCACCCCUCCGAGGCUGACACCUCUUAAGAUGGGAGGGGGAGGCAGCCGCCGCCCCCGACAGCCCCAAUUUGGACAGAGUCUGGGUGGAAAUGGGAAGGGGAGUGGCCCAUGUCCUGGUUGUCCAAGUCAGGGGUCCUAGAGGAAAUGGCUGUGAUCCCAAGGCUGGGCCCCCCUUGGGAGGCUGCCUUCCCCUCAACGUCCCCCCUGCCACACACUCACGCCUGGCUGUCAUUCCUGCUCACUGAGCUCCUCUCAUCCUGACCCCUGUAGGUUUCAAAGCCAAAUUGACCCAAAGAGGAAAGAGUGAAUCCUGGAGGGGACCCUUGCCCACGUGGGAGGCUCCUCUCCUAGAAGGACAUGAAAGCAGCUUUGGGGGGAACCUGAGGCAGUGGGGGAGAAAGGGCAGAGUGAGCUCUGACCCUGGAAGAGGGUCCAGUACAGGCUAUGUCUGCCAAGGGUCCCAACAAGGAAGGCUGGAGCCAAGUGGAAGCCUGGGGAAGGAGGGGGUGUGGAACGACGGAGGUGUGGGGGAGGGGCACGCUUACAUGUUUAUACACCUGCACACAGGAGCACAUGGCCAUGGCUUUAGGAAGGAAAAUGGGAAAUAAGGGAAGGUGCAAAUGGGUGAAGAGAGGGGUGAAGUCCCCUUGUUAGCAGGUUCUCAGAGGACUGAAGGACCAUUUUCAGGGUCGGGAAGGACAGGGUGAGAAAGCGUCUGGGUGGUGCCCCCAGUGCUCCUCAGCCCAUUUCUCAAAGCCCAGAAAAUUAGGGUCCCAGAAGGGUGCAACAGCAGGCUGUGGAGAGCUGGGAGUUAGGCAGGAGGCAGACUGGAGAGCACGAUGCUAGUGGCCAGGCCACCAAGCUGAGAGCUGGAGAGGAGUCAAGGAGAGCACAGUACAGAGCACCCAGGCCUGGCUCCCUCCCGGCAGCUUCUACCCAGGGUCCCUCCCUAGAGCUAGGGUCACAAAGCUGCAGAACUUGCCAAUGUCUCGCUGGUUUCCUUGCCCUUGGGGGUGCCUUUCCUGAAUUUUGGGGGGUGAGGGGAGCGCUGCUUCUAUUCCGGAGGCCUAUGUCUGUAGUCCACUGACCAAGUUGUCCUCAGGACACUUCAGUCCCCCAUUCCUCCUAACCAUUGAAAGUGGCUUGUCAAGUCAGGU